AUGGCACCGCGCGCGCCCGAGCUUCCGCCCUACCAGCGACCAGCCAUCGCCCGAAAUGCCUCGUCCCAGUCAAAGGCCUCGGUCCUCUCCAUCUCCCAGUCCAACGAGGCAGACGAUGAGCAGAGCCUGUCUGACCAUCACCACUUCGACAUGGAGGCUGCCCCAGACCGCCCCCACUACCAUGGCGAGGACACGCGCCUGACCAGCGACAAGGAGCUCCGCGGCUUUUACAUGUAUGGAUGGGCCGCUGAGGUCUUUGUCGUCUGUGGAAUUGGCUCCUUCAUACCCGUCACCCUCGAGCAACUAGCCCGCGAAAAUGGCGUCCUGCUUGCCGACCACUCCACACCAUGCAAGGCCACGAUACCCGCCGUGUCCCCCAUCAAUGCAUUGUUCAAACCAGGCCCUGAAAAAGGACAAUGCGUAGUCUACAUCCUCGGCGUGGAAAUCAACACGGCCAGUUUUGCCAUGUACACGUUCAGUAUAUCAGUCCUCAUACAGGCUCUGUUGAUCAUUAGCAUGAGCGGCGCCGCCGACCACGGCAGGUUUAGAAAGACAUUCCUCCUCUAUUUCGCCUUCAUCGGCAGCAUAGCCACCAUGCUGUUUUUGCCGGUAGUCCCGAGCAUCUAUAUCCUGGGCGCAUUCCUUGCCAUAGUCGCAAACACAUGCUUCGGCGCAAGCUUCGUCCUGCUCAACAGCUUCCUACCCCUUCUCGUGCGUUUCCACCCUACCGUCAAGUAUGCAGACACCAGCGCCGCAACCUCCUUCAUCGACGGGGACGAAGACGAAGACGAGCACGUAGACGUGGCUGACGACGAAGUCACGACCGAAGAAGACGACGAAAGAGGUGGAGAAACGCCCACCCAGGAAAACAUAGUCCGAGACGCACGUUAUGCCAACCGCAUUGCAGAGCGUGAAGGCCUCCUUGAAGAAGUUGCAGAUGCCACAACCGCACUGCUCCCCCAUACUCCGCCAAGCGUCGACCUGACAAUCCCAAGGCCAAAGGCCUCCAACGCUUCCUCGGUCGAACUUUCCCUCGCUACCAAAAUCUCAUCUUACGGCAUUGCAAUUGGAUACAUUGCCGCCUUGCUUGUCCAAACUGUGGGCAUCCUCGUAGUCAUUGCUUUCAAGUCUUCAAACUUUGGACUUCGCCUGGUUCUUUUCAUCAUCGGCGCAUGGUGGUUUCUCUUUACUCUCCCGACCGCCCGCUGGCUUCGACCUCGCCCCGGCCCACCCUUGCACAUUGGGGAGCAGACGUCCAAUUUCCGCACCGCCCUCGCAUACUUUAGCUACUCGUGGAAGUCGCUCGGCCGCACCGUAACCCAUGCCCGCCAUCUCAAGGAUGUCCUGCUUUUCCUUGCAGCCUGGUUCUUGCUAUCAGAUAGCAUAGCCACAGUCUCGGGCACAGCAGUCCUUUUUGCAAAGACGACACUCGGAAUGCCAUAUGCCAUGUUGGCCCUCAUCAACGUCAUUGCAACCGUCUUUGGCGUUUUAGGCGCUUUCCUCUGGUCACGCCUCUCGUCGUUUUUCCACUUGUCACCCACGCAAACAAUCCUGCUCUGCAUCUUGCUCUUCGAAACCAUCCCCAUUUACGGACUCCUUGGAUAUAUCCCAGCAGUCCAGCGGUUGGGAUUCCUAGGUCUACAGCAGCAGUGGGAGAUGUAUCCUCUGGGUGCCGUUUACGGUUUUGUCCUCGGUGGUCUCAGCAGUUACUGUCGUGCACUGUUUGGUGAACUCAUUCCUCCGGGUUAUGAGGCGGCUUUUUAUGCUUUGUACGCCAUAACCGACAAGGGCAGCAGUGUUUUUGGUCCCGCCAUAGUAGGCGCAAUUACAGAUGCCUAUGGGGAAAUUAGACCGGCAUUUUGGUUCCUAGCCGUUCUUGUCGGUCUCCCCUUCCCCAUUAUGCUCCUUGUCAACGUAGACCGCGGCCGCAUAGAGGGCGCGGCUCUAGCAAAAACACUGGCCCAGCUCGCCCGUGUCAGCGAUGCCCUCGACGACCUUGACGCCCAAGAUACCCUGUCCGAGGAGAUUCGAAAUGAUCUCCACGGCUCUUUUUCCUACCAACGAGGUGGCAGACAAGAUAUUUGA